AUGCGUAUGUUGUUGGUUUUGCUUUUGGUGGUGUUGGUGGCUGCUGUCGUCGGGGAGGAUGUUGGACGGCCGCAUAUCGAGUUUCCCGCCGAUGGCGGGGGUAUGGAGCUCGUCCAAAGCGAGUACAACCAGUUUGCACCGCAGCGCCACGGCGGAGGCAAGAAGCACCAUGGCCACGAGGAGGAAACAGAGGAGAAGAAGAAGAUGGCGCAUUGGAUGCAUCGCUGGGGCUGGAAUCCUUCGCCGGAGCAAGUCAACAGGCUGUAUUCGCUCGUCCAGCCGCACAAGCACCACCAUCAGCACCACAAGAGCAGUCACAAGGGUCAUCACGAGGGCCACCGCCACCCUGGCGGAAAAGAGGAGAAACGCCAUCGCCAGGAGGUUGAGAAGAAGCACCGCCACGAUGAGAAGGGCGAGGGAGAAAAGAAGCUGCUGCGUUGGAUGCAUCGGUUUGGCUGGAACCCCUCGCCGCAUCAACUUGACAAGCUGCACUCACUCGGUCAUUCCCACCGCAAGCAGCAUCACGCACACUCCGAGCAUCAUAGCCAGCACCACAAGGAUGACCAAUCGGGUCAUCACUCGGAUCGCCAUCAGACCGGAGACCACGCGCAAGCCCAGCACGGUUCUCAAGAGCAUCACGUCGAACCACCGGCAUGGAAGUCCCUAGACCCCGUCGCCGGGCAAGAGGUCCACCUUCCUGCGCACCUAGGUAUCCUUCCACCCGGCUACUCUCACCCACGCUCAUUUGGAAACGAGAACCCCUCACCUCCUCGUUCUUCUACAUCCUCCGUCUCGGCUGCCAAUGCGCCGCUUCCCGCGCCUGGGCACGUUGCGACCUCGACCGCCACAAACCGUACGCUCCCCGCACCUCCUUCUAUCGGCCAACCGGUGCUCACCCAAACCCCAUCCGUCCAAGCCGCACCCACGAUGGGCAACGCCACUAGUGGAUCGCUCGGACCAAGCUCAACGCAACCCCCGGCUCCGCCCAAUGCCAGUUCGGGCGGGAUGAUUGCUGGCAUCCCCGUGGUUGACGGUGCUGACGCCAAGAUUGCCGCUCCCAGAGUGGUCAAUUCGACAAGCGCUGCUUCGGUUGUGCAUGCAGAGGGCUGGUGCGUCGUCGCGGCCGCUGCCAUCCUCGCCAUCGUAGCUUGA